AAAGUUUUAGAUAAAAGUUCAAGUUAGUAGACCGCACAGUAUUUGCUUUGACGAUUUAUUAUACCCUAAAGUUAGAUAAUUUAUGAAGAAUUUAUUUAAAACGACGGGGAAAUCCAAAGUAACGCUCUGUUAAACUUGCGUAGUAAACAGAAAUGCCAGGUGUAAAAUAUCGUUGGUCGUUUUGUCCAGGCAACCGAACCGUAUGCUGCUGUUGCAGUGUGAGGACAGGGGCCUCUGUGAUUGGAUGGUUUAAUUUCGUGGUAAACUCCCUCUACGUUGGAAUGCUGGUGUUUGCGCUGGCAAGGAUUAAGGAAGAUAUACACAACCAUAUGCAGUUGUUUCAGCAACAAAACAGGAGUAUGGUUGCGCAGCAGGACCCGACAAAUCAGCAAGGAGUCGAUUCACAUCAUCUCACUGUUCGGCAAGCAGCACCACUGCCGACAGGGAUACCAUUUCUACAACCCACGCAAUCUUUAUUUACCACACCGGCACCAUUAGGCACCACGCUACCACCAACAGACACCACACCGCCACCUUUAGGCACCACGCCACCAUUGGGCACCACGCCACCAUUAGGCACCACGCUGCCACCAUUAGGCACCACGCUGCCACCAACAGACACCACACCGCCACCUUUAGGCACCCUGCCACCAUUAGGCACCACGCUGCCACCAUUAGGCACCUCGCUGCCACCAUUAGGCACCACGCUGCCACCAUUAGGCACCACGCUGCCACCAUUAGGCACCACGCUGCUACCAUUAGGCACCACGCUGCCACCAUUAGGCACCACGCUGCCACCAUUAGGUACCACCUCACCAUUAGGCACCACGUCACCAUUAGGCACCACACCGCCACCAACAGACGCCACACUGCCACCAACAGACACCACAACGCCACCAUCAGACACCACAACGCCACCAACAGACACCACACUGCCACCAACAGACACCACAACGCCACCAACAGACACCACACUAUCGCCAACCACGCCACAUCCGCCAACAAUAGCCGCCACACACACACCAACAUCAACAACAAUAGUUGUCCCACUUUCCCCACCAUGCAAAGACGGAGACCCUGCCUCGUGCCAAUGCGGGAUAGAAAAAUUCUUUCACAUCUUUUCGUCAGAGGCAUGCCCGAACCACGAAAAUAUUUACAACCGAUGUAUCUGUGAACUUAUGAUACUUUCAAACGGGCCGAUCCCGAUGUUGUAUUCAAGCACCGCAAUACCAGCAAUAAUGAUCGUUCUCAGUAUUUUAUGGCUCACUGUGGUGGAAUCGCGCGUACCAAGCUAUACUGCGUGGGUUGGCUUCUUGUACAUGACCUGCAUCGUGGUACAACCGUUGGUACAACUCGGAUUCCUCGUUUAUGCAAACAAAAAGUUUACAGACGCCUCUAUAAAGUCGCUCAACAACGUAGUAUGGGCGGUAUUUGCUCUUUACGCUGCAACCAAUGUUUACUUUUUCCCAACCAUGUACAAAUACGUCAAACUUCGUAAACGGGAAUUCUACCAAGGGCUUGAUCAAGGUUUGUUGACGUCAGAAAGAAACCCACAAUCCACGAGAACAAUGGAUGUAUAUCUAGAAGACGCUUUUGCCAUCGAUGACGACAUAAAUCAAGACCGAAUCACUUAUACUAAAACUGAUUAUGGCGGUACAGAUGAAGGCAACGUGGUUGAGUUCGAUUUUUUGUCAAAACAAAGAGCAUCAUCAUCUGAACCUCAGCCCCAUGACGUGUUCACAUGACGUCACAAUUCGAUGACGUAGGAUCCAGCACUCGAAACGGGAAACACUUUUCAUUGUUUUAAUGGCAAUCCUGUUACGUGAACGUAACAAUCGGUUAUUGUGUUUAAUUGUUUAAAUUAUUCUGUGUUUCGUGACAAUCUUAAUUUAUACGUCAUAAUUAAGGGGUACAAAGGUUGGAAAACAUCGCGAAUUAUGAAGCUUCGAAUUAAAAGUAUCGAGUUUUA